GGGCGGGACCACACUUGGAUGCAGCCUUGGAAGGAACAUGUGAGCAUCCUCUGGGAGCCCAGGAAAAGAAGUCUGGAGGGUCUGGCCCAUGCCAAGCACAGUUCCUAAGACUCAUUAGCCCCAUGGCAUCCCUCGAGGUGCUGCCCUGUCAGGGGCGGGCCACGGGCGCCCUCCUGCCCAGCCCGACGUUGGGAAUGGACUUCCUCAAGGCCUCUCACUUCGCGUUGGGGCCCGACCCGCGACUGCACUUGGGUGCCAUGUGCUCCACCUCGCACCGGGACUUCCCCAGCCACCCGGUGGCCGCCCGCAAGCUGCGAGGCCAGCCGCCGCGCUCGCCCCUCUUCCAACAGGACCGGUCCUGGGCGGGCGGGGAGCAGGUGUCCGAGGCGCAUCGAGCAUUCACGCCCCCAGGCGAGACCGGGCGGGAGCGGGAACCGGCGCCGGCGCUCGCGCAGGACAAGCAGAUCAGCCACCUGCACAUCCGCGCGGACGCGCGCGCCCGCACCAGCCUCCCCACCGUGCGCGCCGACUAUGGCUGGGUGGAGCUGCCGCCGCGCGCCAGAGAGCGGAUUCGCGGCGCGCGCCUCAUCUUCGACCGCGACUCGGUGCCACCGGGCGACCCCGCCAAGCUGCGCAUCCCGCUCACUACGUACCAGGAGUUCUUCCCGCCCCACGACUCCUGCCCACAUCUUUGCACCCACCUCGAGGGCCCAAAUCCCCUCAAGUGGGACCAAAGGAAACAGGACAAUGAGACCUCCUACCAAAGACAGUUCCAGGCUCUGCCAAGUGCACCUGCCUUGAUGUGUAAGAGGGCCUCCUCCAGUGUGAAGAUGGGAGACGUCAGGAAUGGCUCUGGGCCCAUGUGUUCUGAGCAGAGGCAAGCCUAUGGGCCUCAGGGUCUGCCCCCAGACAGGUAUGACAAGGCCCAGGCAUCGGCCCGCAUCCACCGUGUAAAUAUUCGGCCUGGGGACGGCCUUUUCCGUGGCCAGACCAGCAAGGACGAGCACUUCUACGCCCGGGAGCCAGAGCCUUUCGUUGCUCACCGCGACCAGACUCCACAGUCGCACAUCCUGGAAGGAAAUGGGUGUCCCGGCCCAGGCAGCCUGGCCACGUUCAUGCACUUCUUCUACGGCCAGCCACCACCCGCGACCAAGCCGCCCAGCCGCCACCAGCCUCACGAGACACUGCAGACUCACGUGGUCCUAGGCGAGUCGGCGCUGCUCAACCAGUUCUUCCAGACCUCAACCGGCAGGGAUUACAGCCCCCCCAGGACACAACGGCUGGUCAAAGCUCCCAGCCUACACUUGCAGCGCAGCAACCUGCCCGAGGGCACCGGCGAACCAGAUUUUUUAACGAUGAACCAGAAGAUGCUGAAGCCACACAGAGCAGCUCCAGCCUCCAUGACUGAGGAGAUGCUACAGCGGUGCAAAUAUAGCCACAUAGAGCCCCCGCUGGGCAGACAGCAUUUCUUCUCAACUCAUCACAACGAUGACUUUAACUUCAAAUACCAGGGCCCAGCAGUGCUGAGAAUGGACAACUCCCAGGAAAGCUACGUGCCACUGGGCACCUUUCGCCAGUGGGGCUGUAGGGCUAGGAAGGUAGACCCACAGGCCCCCCAGACCCCUUUCUACCCAUGCCCUAGCCAGCAAUAAACACUGCCUUGGCAAAAUCGCUCCCCUCUCCAUAAGUCAGCUAUGAAGGUGGAUGUUUGGAGGUGUGUGGUCUGUACAGGAGAGAUGACGCCAUCAAGAAGACCCUGAACAGACAAUUCGGUGGACCCUGGAAGUCACCCCAAUCUGGGCAGGGAAACU